AUGAAUGACGAGGAGAAGUAUCUUUCAAUACGACGAGACCUAGGUCUCCGACAGCUCGUCAAAAGACAGGAAGGGGACGGUGGGCAUCAACUCGAAAUUCACCGUUCUCUGCAGAUGAACUUGCUGGACGGCCUAGCCAAAAACGAGGACGCUUCACUCCGUGCCACAGUAUGCAUGGAAGUCAUUGCCAUGCUGAACGCAGUACCGCCACAAGCAUCACGCCUGGCCCAGAACGAAAAGAAGAUAUGGCCCGAGUUCACCCGAUACGUACCCCAGGUACUCGCAUUGCGGCGAAACUCACUUUGCCCUGAGCCUCCCAUGGAUUUCGACAUUGAGUUUGCCAAAAUGCUGUCCAACAUUGGAUGCUUCCUUUGGCAUAUGGGGCAGAUCAGAGAGUGUGACUUGGCUAUGAAGACAGCCGAUGAGAUUAUCAAGAAACAGCCAACCUCGGUUGGAGAGAGUGCAGAGUGUAAGGCUCUCAUUAGUGACAUUUAUCUUGUUACUGGAAGAUUGGCCGACUGCAUCGGUGUCAGUCGAUGUGGGUCGAGGAUCAGAUCCGGUGGGGAAACCCAAAAGGGGACCUUGCUUGUGCCUACCUGCAACGCGGCCAGUUUGAGAAACACGCGAAAUCAUGGAGGAGCUAUUGAUCUACUACAAAAAAUGGGGCCCCGAAGACGAAUACCCUUUCGAGUACUCAAAGUACUACCACCAUCUUGGCCACGUCUUGAUGGCAGAAGGCCAUCAAGACUAAGCUAUCGCGUUUUCUCGCAAGGGAAUGGAAUUGGAGGGGCCCAAGCUGGCGGGGAAGACUCAACAGUCUUAAUUUCCCGUUAUGGCCUGGCAUGUUUGUUGUUCAAUGCUGGGAGGGUGCAGGAAGCCCUUGAUGAACAUCAAAAGGUGCUCGAGGCAAGGAUUGAAGUGUGUGGGAAGAAUGCCCAAUUUACACUUAAGAGCCAUGAGGCAAUGGGAAUACUUCUGCAUCUAGAAGGUCGCAAUGCUGAAGUUGAGCAAGUGAAUGAUACACACCUCAGGUUGCCUUGGUCUACCGUAUGUUGCCUUAUACUGACCCCAAGAACAGGCAAGAGUUUGAGUGCUGUCUCAAUAGGCACUAUCGAAGCAACUGGACAACUGAAGGUGUGGCUCGAGCUCAGUAUUGGUACUCAAAGGUGUUGA